AUGGCGCCACCCCCCGAAAUCGCCAUUCCAUCCACGAGCAUCUCUGAUGAGGGUUCAGGGAAGCCAUACACACUGUACAACAUCACCCUGCGGCUACCGCUUCGAUCAUACGUCGUGCAGAAGCGCUACUCGGAUUUCAGCAAGCUGCACGAGGCGCUGCUGCAGCAGGUCGGCGCCGCGCCACCGCAACCGUUGCCGCAGAAGCACUGGCUGAAGUCGACAGUCAACUCUCCCGAACUGGCGCGAGAGCGACAAGUCGGUCUCGAGCGCUACCUUAAGACGAUCGCGGAGUCUCUCGACCGUCGCUGGCGCGACACCUCCGCAUGGCGCGCCUUCCUCAACCUCCCCAGCUCUAGCACCACCAACUCGGCUGUCUCGGCGGGCGGGCGGGCAGCGAGCGUCGCAUCGGGUGCCGCCGACCCGACGACCUGGCUCGAUCUACACAAGGAGCUGAAACAGCACCUACAGGACGCUCGGAUAGCGCUCUCGCGGCGGGACAGCGCCGUCGAUGGCGGCAACACCACGGCAGCGGCCGAGGCUGCCGCGGCCGCCCGCAAGUCUACCGUUCGCGCCGGCACGCUGGUCGUGGUUCUCACCGACGGCCUCAAGAAGCUGCAGGAGUCCGGGCGCGUCGGCGAUGGCGAGCUGCGGCGGCGGCGGGACCUGGUGUCGACCGCCAAGAUGGAGCGAGAGGGCCUCGACAAGUUAGCCAGCAGCAUGCCCAGUGUUAGUGGCGGUGCCGGUAGCAGCACCACGCGGGGGCUAUCCUCGUCCCCUGAAAAGGCCAAGCUGCUCAACGGCGCGCGACCAGGCGGCCGGCGCCUCGGCGGCGGCGCGCCGGCCCCCGAGACGGACAAGACACGCGAGCUCGACAACCAGGGCGUGCUUCUGCUGCAGAAACAGGAGAUGGAGGCGCAAGACCUGCAGCUCGACCAGCUAACGGCCAUCAUCCGGCGGCAGAAGGAGAUGGGUCUGCAGAUCAAUGAGGAGGUGGAGCGGCAGACGCAGAUGCUCGACGUCCUCGACGAGGACGAGGCGCGCGUCCGCGGCAAGCUGGGCGUCGCCAAUAACCGCAUCCGCAAGAUGUGA